AUGAAAGCCAUCAAGCUAUCCAGCUCCCUCUUGCUCCUUCUCGGCACCUUUCUCACAGUGUCGGCUGCGCAGCCUAAUGCUUACGCGAACAGCUCCCUUGCUGCUACGACCUGCUCGGAUGAAGGAGCACCACAACGCGUCACACAGCAGCACAAGCGCUCAACACUCCAUCCAUGGUCGCAUCAGAAGCGCUCCGUCCCCUUGCCCGCAAAACGGUCGUACGAUACUCAUCACUACUAUGUAAUCGAGGUGCACGCUCGCUCAGGCGAGCAGCCAGACCCGCGCGCAAUUGCAGAGGCGCUGGGUGCCGAAUUUGUCGAAAGAGCAGGUGAAUUGCAAAACCACUGGCUCGUGCGAUCAGAGAAGCCCUUCCCAGAGCUCAGCGACACACGAGCAAAGCGUGGCGGCGCCGGAACCUCGUCAUCGGCAUCGGCUUCGGCUUCACUCGCACGACCCGAUGUCCCCGAGUCGCAGGACCCCGUCUUACAGCGUUGGUCUCGUAUUCGUCGCUCAGCCCGAGAGCCCGGAUUUAUCACAACGUACAACCUCUCAAAGCGUCAGCACACUGCUGCACUGUCAAUAAAAGCUGUUGAGCGUCAAGAGGUCAGGCGGCGUCAUAAGCGCAACGUCAUCUAUGAUCCAUCAGAGAUGCCACAUCUAUACCCCGAACUUCGUGAUCCACUACCAGCAGUCGACGGCUGGCCUUUUCGUCUGAGAUCGGCGGAUCCCUCACCUCGACCACCCAUGAUCCCGACUGCCAAGACGGCCGAUCUGAUGUCCAAGUUCGAUAUCAAGGAUCCCAUCUUCACCGAUCAGUGGCAUCUUGCCAACGAUCGCAAGACGGGCAACGACCUCAAUGUGACCGCAAUUUGGGAACAGGGCAUUCUAGGUAAAGGCAUCAAAGUGUGCCUCAUCGAUGAUGGCCUCGAUAUGCACAGCCCCGACCUUAGGGACAACUUCUACGCACCGGGCAGUUACGACUUCAACUCGCACACAGAGCUCCCCGAGCCGCGAGAGAGUGACGAUCAGCACGGCACACGAUGUGCUGGUGAGAUCGCUGCCGUCAAGAACGAUGUUUGCGGUGUCGGUGUCGCGUAUGAGGCCAAAGUCUCUGGCGUUCGUAUCCUUUCAGGGCCCAUCUCGGACGUCGACGAAGCUGCGUCGCUCAACUAUGCCUAUCAGGAAAACGACAUUUAUAGCUGCAGUUGGGGACCACCCGACGACGGUCGCAGCAUGGACGCGCCCAAAGGUCUCAUUGCCAAGGCGAUGCUCAAUGGUGUGCAAAACGGACGAGACGGCAAGGGUAGCGUCUUUGUCUUUGCCGGCGGAAACGGAGGCGCCUCGGAUGAUCAGUGUAACUUUGAUGGCUACACCAACUCGAUCUAUUCCAUGACCAUUGCUGCCGUCGACCGCGAGGGGCAACACCCGUGGUACUCGGAGAUGUGCUCGGCCAUCAUCGCUACCAGCUGGAGCUCCGGAAGUGGUGAUCAUAUUCAUACUACCGAUGUCGCCUGGAACGGCGUCAAUCGAUGCACCGGUUCGCACGGAGGUACCAGCGCUGCUGCUCCUUUGGCAGCCGGUGUCAUCGCACUUGGUCUCAGCGUCCGACCCGAGCUGACGUGGCGCGAUGUGCAGCACAUUGCUGUGCGCAGCGCCGUCAAGUUCAACCCAGAAGAUCCUGAUUGGCAACAGACGCAAGCAGGUCAUCAUUUCAACCACAAGUACGGUUACGGUCUCCUCGACGCUUACCAGUUUGUUCAAGAAGCCAAGCGUCACAAGCUUGUCAAUCCGCAAGCUUGGUACGAGUCGCCCAACAUUACGCUACCGGCAACAGAGACGCUCAUCACACAGUCUGGCACCGAAUCCACGUACACCGUCACCGAAGACCACCUCAAGGGAGCCAAUCUGGCCUCCGUUGAGCACGUCACGGUUCGUGUCUGGAUCACCCACCAGCGUCGAGGUGAUGUCAACGUCGAGCUCAUCUCUCCGCAUGGCACCAAGUCGGCUUUGGCGAGGUCGAGACGCUACGAUGACGCGACGACAGGUUUCCCUGGUUGGUCCUUCAUGACGCUCAAGCACUGGGGUGAGUCGCCCACUGGCGAGUGGAAGCUUCGUGUGUUCGAUCCAGCGCAUCCCAACAGAGUAGGCAACAUUUACGCAUGGAGCAUGUCACUGUGGGGAGAAUCCAUCGAUCCGUCCAAAGCGGUGCCGUGGAACUUCCCCGAAGACUCGAUCGAGUACCACGAAAAGCUGCCCGCCGCACCCGAGACAACGAUCAUCAAGCUACCUCCCAGCUACACAUCUUCAGCAAAACUCAAGAAGCCUACCGAUCAUCUUCCGUCUAACCAUGGCAUCGCCGAAGGAGAGUCUCACGUCGAUUUUACCAACCACAACGGCAGCGUUCCGAUCGCGGUGCAGCCCGAAGCGGAUACCGGCUACAUUUCAGGACUCAAGAAAAACAGCAGUUGGGUGAUUGUAGCUGGCGGGUUGGUGAUCAUCUUUGCCGGAUCACUCGCGGCGUUCUUUGUGAUGAGGAAACGCAAGAUGCGUCGCGGUGGCAGUGGUGGAGGAGGACGAGGCGGCAGUGGUGAUGGUGGUUACGAGUCGCUGGCCAACGACGAAGAGGUGGCUAUGGGCGAUUUGGAUGAUGACGGACGCGGAUCGCGACGCGGUGAGAAGUCGCGCAGGACAAAGGAGCUGUAUGAUGCGUUUGCUGAGGGUUCCGACGACGACGAGGAUCAGGCCGCAGAAGCUUCUGCCGGUCGCGGUUUGCUUGGUCGUGGACGCACGGACGAGCCAUACCGUGACGACCUGGAUGAUGAUGAUGAUGGCGAUCGCAGAUUUGCCUUACACGACGAUGACGCCGAGGAAGACGACGACGUAGACGCCGCACGCACUGGUCCUGACACUCAGCAGAAUAGUGGAGCCGCAACUGCAGCCAUUGUCGACAUCGAGGAUGAAGACGAAAGUCCCUCGGGCGGAUCUGGAGCCGGCUCAGCCGGUGAAGGCAGCUGGCAAGAUGCUGCCGAGGGCAGGGAUCUGCUUGCUGGCGCGGGACAGAAAUGA